UGAAAGAAAUGAUAAGCGGCGUGCGGGCUCUAGUAAAACGACCAUUUGUUGUCACAACUUUCCGUGGCAGGUACGUACGUGCGUGCGUGAGGACGAGCAUGCAUAUUAACGCCUUCGAAACACCAUGAACCUGUCCAACGUUGUGCUGGAAACGCCAUUAAUCAUGGAAAAGUCUACCUUCACGUCGGCGGCCAUACUGUUUCUGCAACGGGAAAAUAGCCGCGAGGAAACGGUUGGUGUUUCGACAGUAUCGCCCGCUACCACGGGGGACGAAGGAUUUCGACCAAACUAUGAACGUAUCACGUUGAAGCGCCCAUCACUUGCGAACUUAUCGCUGUGCGUCAUCUGCCGCUGCGACGUGAAAUACAAUAAUCAGAAGAAGGUGCUGGCAUGUGAGCACGCCUUUCAUGCCAAGUGCAUCAAGCAGUGGACUUCGUUUCAAAACAAAUGCCCAAUCUGUAUGGUUCACUAGCGCAUUACCGCACCCGGUUUCGUGUGCUGGAUUGAAUAAACAAAGCUAAAGAUGCUGA